AUGACGCCUAUCUUGUGCGUUCAUACGGACGACAGGCCCGAUCGGAGGGCCAACGUGGACGCGCAGGCCGAAAGAUACGGCCUGUCCAUCGAGGUGGUGAGCUUCUCGAAAGACCGGGAAGAUCCGGUCCGCGGCUGUUGCUCGUCUCACCUCCAUGUGCUCCGCCUUGCCCGCGAGCGCCGCUACGAAUCGGUCGUGGUCGUCGAGAACGAUGUGGACUUCAUCGCGGACCCCCGGCCGUGGUGGGGAGGGCCCAGGACGCUCCCGUGGGACGUGUGUUACCCCGGGGGAACCCUGUCGAGGGUCGUGAUGGAUGCCCCUGCUGUCCUCACGGAUGUCACCGCGGACGCGAUCCUGGUGGUGGGUUCGAGAUCCUUUGAGGCGCUGGACCGAGAAAUCUCCGACUCGACGGCAGAGGUCGUCGUACUGCUGCCUGGGAUGGACGAGCACCAGGACUCGAGCGCGAGAGUGCGGCAGGCGUUCUGUGAGGUCGAGUCGCCCGAUCGGAGGGCCAAUGUGGACGCGCAGGCCGAGAGAUACGGCCUGUCCAUCGAGGUGGUGAGCUUCUCGAAAGACCGGGAAGAUCUGGUCCGCGGCUGUUGCUCGUCUCACCUCCAUGUGCUCCGCCUUGCCCGCGAGCGCCGCUACGAAUCGGUCGUGGUCGUCGAGAACGAUGUGGACUUCAUCGCGGACCCCCGGCCGUGGUGGGGAGGGCCCAGGACGCUCCCGUGGGACGUGUGUUACCCCGGGGGAACCCUGUCGAGGGUCGUGAUGGAUGCCCCUGCUGUCCUCACGGAUAUCACCGCGGUCGCGAUCCUGGUGGUGGGUUCGAGAUCCUUUGAGGCGCUGGACCAAGAAAUCUCCGACUCGACGGCAGAGGUUGUCGUACUGCUGCCUGGGAUGGACGAGCACCAGGACUCGAGCGCGAGAGUGCGGAAGGCGUUCUGCGAGGUCGAGUCGUCCGUGGCCAAUGCUUACGUGGACACCGCAGAGGGAGGCCGUGCGCUGCGACUCUCCGUGGCCACCUACGGCAGAGCCCGAGUCGGGGCAUGUCUCGCGGGAGAGGGCAUCGUAGGGGCGGACUCGCUGGUGGCCAUACUGGAGCGCUUGAUGGAAGUCACCCACUGCGUCGUCUCCACCGAAGCGCCGUUGGGCCCACCUUCGGCUCUGGCGCGUGAGAGACGGGCGUGGCUACCGGCUACGGUCCUCUCCACACACUGCUACGUUAUGUGGGGACGCUGUCUGGACGAAUUUAUCGGUGCGCUGGAGUCGAACCUCGCGUCGGAACGGGUCGAACCCGUGGACGUCGUUUUUCGCCGCUUGAGCGAGGGAAAGAACGUCUACUUGCUGAGGGAUCCGGUGGCCUUGCAAGUUCCGUGCUACUCGGACGUGGAGCGCCAGCAGACCGACUACCGUAAAGUGCAAUCGUACACACUCCCCGAGUACCCGAUCAAUCACGAGCGGCGGAGCAUCCGUGCGGCGCGGACCAAGAACGACGGUCUGACCCUCGCCCUAUCCGAGCUGGACGAGAUGCCCCGAGUGUCCGUGCUGACGAUCACCAGGAACCGGAGGCGCCGCUUCGCGCUGGCCGUCAACAACUUUCUGAAACUCGAAUACCCGGCGGACAGAUUGCAAUGGGUGGUGGUUGAUGAUUCCGAUGAGGGGAUGGACGCGCGCCCAUCUCUCGGCGCACUACGAAAAGAUCCGCGCGUGUGCUUCGUGAAGGCGACCACGUUCGACGGCAAGCCGCUCUCCAUAGGAGCGAAGAGGCAGCUGGCGUGCCAGCACGCACGAGGCGACGUGUUUUUCCACAUGGACGACGACGACUACGUGCCGGCGCACGCGGUGAUGGCUCGCGUCAAGAGCCUUCGGACCUACACCGCACGGUGCGUGGGGUCGACGUCCAUCCUCUGCUUCGACGUCCGCUCCCGAGAGCUGUUCACGUGGGCGUCUGCGGACGUGUUCGGGGACCUCAACGUGAUGCCCGAAGCGAGCCUGGCCUACGACCGCAGCUUUUGGGAGGAGAGAGGGUGGGACGAGCGUGCGACGUUCGAGGAGUGGAAGGAGUUCUCGCGAGGGAGGCUGGAAGCAUGCGUCUCGAUACCGUCUCAGUUCUCGAUAAUCGCCAUCACGCACGCGCGUCCCCUUGAACAUGCCCAUGACGACGUACUCCGAAGGCACGACGCGGGCGACGGGGCAGCCCUUGUCCUUGAUGGUCUUGGUCGACCAGAGCUUGCGCAGGCCGGAGCCGGACUUGUAGACGCUCUCGUCCAGGACCCGCUCCCAGUCGCACCCCAUCGGUACUGCUCGCAUGGCGUCGACGAGGAACCUGCGUAUGGCCAUGGCGCGUUCUUUGUCGACGACGAGACGGUCGAAUACGAUUCCGAUACCCACUCGGGAUCGCUUAACCGGAGGUCGACGUCGAGAAAGAAGGCGAAUGCACCCUGCGCGCGCUCGGUGAUGGCGAACGGUCGUCCCAGACCCUCGGUUAUGAUGCUCCUGAGCCUCUUGUUCUGGAAUCUGGACUCCACGCGAAAAGAGAACCCUGCCUGCUUGCCUAUCGGGAAUGCCGAGUGCGUCGGGGGCUUCUGGAAGAGGAUUCCCUCGCGCCCGGCCCACGACCUGAUGCUCGCAUUCAGUUCCUCCGGCGCGCCCGCCUCCAGCCGGCGCCGCUUGUUCUCCGCGUCCAUGAGUGUGGAGAAUGAGGCUGGCGUGCCGGAGAGAGAGCUAUUUGAGGGACUGUGA